AUGAUGGUAGAUAAUCGCAAGAUAUCCUCUUACUUCAAGCGAGCGGAGCCAGCAGAGACUCGCCCCGUAGCUGGUGUUAAACGGCCAAGUAGCAAAGAUGGCCCAUCGUCACCACUGACUUCUUGCCCGCCAGACCUCUCCUCAGUCCUGUUCACCUCUCCGAUCCGAGAACCCAGACAGCAGCAGGUAAUAUUAGAAGACCGCUCCAGAAAUGCUGGCAGUUCUCAAACCAUCCAGUCAACUCCAGUGAUGGAUGAACCCGGGGGCUCCUCGUCGUUCGUCAGUAUUCCUGGCUCGCAGAGGGUGCUGAAAGACGGGCAGAUCAUGAUAACAGCUUCUGAUGACGACGAUGAUUAUUCAAUUAAUUCUGCUACUCUAUCUGCAGAUGAAUUGCUGGCUCGGUUCCUGGGCUCUUCUGGUCGGAAGGAAGACCCAGACACAGAUACGUCUGCCUCCAAAGGUGGGAAGGCCUCAAAGGCCCAUGGCCAAACAGCAGCUGGUACAAAACAUAAGUUCUCUCUAGAUGACCUAGUUGCAGAUGCCAUGCAGGAUAAGGAGCGCGAGGCCCAGGUAUCGGCUGCAAAGGUCUUUAUCCGUGAAUCUAUUGGCAAGAACAAAGUCAAGGACAAACAUCCCUCGGAUCGGGAUGAUAUAUAUGCCUCCUUGGUUUCAGAUAACUCGGAUCCAGUAGCUAUUCAACGGCUAAAAGAUGCAGUCAUGCGAACGGAGGCUUUGCAGCAGGGCACAGGUUGGUCUUUCUUUCGUGACGACCCACCAAAGGCCAUUGUUCCGGAUUUUCCUGGAGAAUUGAUUGACCUUGGAUCCUGGGAGGCAGUUCUCAGAGCCGUCUUACUGAGAAAGAAAAAUCCAAUAGAACCUGCUUCUCGUGAGAGGGCUUUUCUUUCUGGGGUAGUUGGAGAGAUUCUCAACUAUGUCCCUUUGCCAGAUGACAUUUUACUCUGGAUAAUACACUCAGGUUUGUUCUCCCGGAAGACGAGAAUUAUAACCACUCUGUGCCUUGCUAACCAGCAGCCAGUCGCAACGGAACCACGAGAUGAGCUUCGGUUUGCCUACACAACGGCUCUUCAGAUUUGCCCUGAAUCCCGAAUAGCUUCCCUCAUCCAACCGUCGCAUAUAGAUCAACUAUUCGUGACGCUUGGGGCGAAUAGUAGCGCGCUUGCCAUUUCAGAGCUCGUACAACCAGAUACUCGCAAUUUUGAUGAAGAGGAACCAUCACCUCCAUUAAACAACAGGUCCCUUUUAUCUGUUUUAACUCUUGUUUCUAAUUUGGCUAAAAAGUUCAACGCUCUUACACGUGAGCAUACUUUGAAAAUCCUCUUCCGCCUAGUCCUUGACGAAGUUGUUAUGAAUGAUGGUGCCAUUUGUGCGGAGGCACAGCAAGCAAUUGCUUCCUUGUUCAGCGAAUCAAAUGCUGCCUCACCAGGUCUAAACGUCCAUGAGCUAGCAGCACACGCAUACCAAACUGUCAAAGAUACAACUCUCCAGUGCCUUCUCCUCAAGCACAUACCCCCAGUAUUCCCAGAAAUUGCCCUAUUCAGGUGCCGUCUAGCAUCUGCAUUUCUAUUCAGAGAUAGCUCGCUACUCGACAAACCAGACACCGAGCUUAUCAACCUACAGAAAAUCAGUUCGCAAUUAAAGGGUGAACGGUUCAAGGUUAAUGAACAUCGAGCGGAAGACAAGGAGCCGUUUAACUUCGCCAAUCUAGCUGCUUUAACCACAAUUCUUGACAUUGCAAUUGGCCCUGGGACUUUCGAACCGUCUUUCCCAAGUAAAGAGGCUGAAAUGGAAGUUCAACCAGACAGAUUCUGUUGCUUCCGCAUAUGA